AAUAACGUGUCAAGUUUUUAAUAUCAGUUAAAAUUUAAAACAAAUGUUCGAAUAAUACGAAAAUGGAUGAAUCAGUGGGUGCUCAAUACGCUAUCCAAAUAGCGGUCCAUACACUACGCGACAGAUGCAAGUGCCUCCAACAAAGAAUAUCUCUCCUGGAAGAAGAAAACGUGAUUCUUCGAACGAAAUGUGUCCGAAACGAAGAAACGGAAAAUUCUUUAUCGGAAUUAGAUAAAAUAAGAGCUCAAAUUACCGAAGUGACUGAACAACGAGAUCAACUACAAGAGAGGAUAAAAAUGGUUACUAACGAAAAUCAAGAACUUUGGACUAAAUUGGGAAAGUUGAUACGUGUAAAUAAGAAUCUAAACGAGCAAUUUAACAAGAUUAAUGAUACGUUGAAUCAGCAUACUAGUCCUCCAGCUCUUAUAAGGUCAAAAACAUUUACCCAAAACAAUCCACUUCUAAAGCAUUCACCACAAAAAACCAACAACCUAGAAAUAAAUGAAAAUCUUAGUUUAGAGUUAGAAAACAUCUCAUUAAAACUAAUGGACAGCUUUUCCAAACAAAAACUGGAACUUGAAAAAAUAUGUUCCGAAAUUACUGAAAUGCAAUGUGAUGAUGAUAUAAUAACAGAAAAUUUCGGUUUUUGUUUCGACGAUGGGCUAGAGGAAGAGGUCUAUGAUGAAUUUAAUUAUGUUUUGGAAGAUUUAAAAGCUCUUAAAGAGGAGGUUUUGUUGCAGAGGAACGCUAUGGCGAAGAAUCUCAAACAAAUGGAGUGCUUAGCUGCUAUAAACACAACUUCCUGCAAACUCUGUGAUAGAAGAAAAACUUCCAGAAUGGAAAAGACAACGUCGACUGACGACAUACCCAAAACAGGGGUAGAUAAGAGCACUGAAACAUCUCAGUGUCCUCCUAAAGAAGAAAAAUCCUCUGCGAUGAGUCAAUCACUUCCUGUCGAGGUUGAGAAAAUUUGCCCAAUCUGCAGCAAACGAUUCAAGAAAGAGGCGAAGUUUGAAGAGUUUCAGGAGCAUGUGGAAGCACAUUUUAUAUCAGAAAAUGUCUUCAUUAUGUCUGCACACCAGUCGACUUUUUUGGACUAAGCCACGCUAAACGCUGGUUAACUAGAAACUUCUAUUAAGGAAAAAACAAUAAUCACCAAAAAUAAUUUAGAUUAUAGUAUUAAAUGAAUAUAUUUAUUUAUAUAUAUACACGUCAUGUUGGUUUAUUUGUAUAAAUGAUAAUUUUAGGUUGUAAAAUAUUUAUUACAGCAAUAAAUCGAAAAGAAUGUUUUAUUUUAUUUCACAAAUACAUAUGAGAAG